ACGAUCAGCUGUUCUGAGCUUGUACGCUGUGAUCCGCGGAUCAGCUGGGCGAAGCAAUAACAGCCAGGACAAAAACAAGACAAAUAUAUAAAUGCAGCAAAAACGGGAUUAAAAAACAACAACAAGAGAAGAACACAAGGAUAAAGACUGCACAUUUAGCUGUCGUGUAGUUUAAAAGUUUCUUCUAAGAAGAAAGCCUUUUUAUUAAUCUUAUUAUUAUUAUUUUCAUGUGAAUAUAAUCCUGGUGCAUUAACACUACCUCAUAGAAACGCUCCUGAAUCCGGGCUUUAAGGCUUUUGUCGUGUUUCUUACUGUUUCGUCCACACGUUUACACGUUUUUUCGGUGCUUCAGCAAAGGCAGGCCUUUGCAGUCAUAGAAAGACCAUAAAUUUGCACUUCGAGAGUUAAUAAGCUCUUCCAACGUUCGUUUCACCAACAAGGGCUUGACAAGCAAAAGACGCCGUGCUGGUCCUUCACAACCUGCAACAGAAGACCAUCAGCAUUACGAACUGUAGAUCUUUUCCGAGACAAAUUCCAAGGCAGCUCUCCCUCAGGAUACCUCCACAAUCUGCCCUUUGACCUCCAAGUCGGCCAUGUUCCAGCGACUUAGCAACCUGCUGUUCGGAGCGGUGGAGGACGUCUCUGCCGAGCUCAAUGGACCCAAGCCCUGCGUGACUGAGGUGGAUGAUGAGGGAUGGCUUCUGGUCAGCGUAUCCGGUGACAGAAACUGUACCAUGUUGGGUGAGGAUGGGUUGGAGGUCCCAUCGAUAGCACAGUCUCUUCCAAAUAGUGAAUGUCAGAGGGUGGAGUCUGGAUGUGAUAUAGCCACUCCCCCCUCUCGUACAAGUGACUCCAGCCCUUUCUCAUGCAAACGGCGCAGGACUAGAGCAGGCCGCUCUCAGGCAGCGUGUCCUCCUUCGUCUCGUUCCCUUCAUUCCCCUCUUUCCCUCGACUCUCCCUCCCCGCUUGGGUCAGGUGGAGCGAAUGUGCUGUCUGACCCCGCCCCCUGUGGGUUGGAUGAGAGCUGGUUCAUCACUCCUCCACCCUGUUUCACUGUAGAGGGAGCGCCAGCUGAGGCCAGCCCCAUGGAGGACCUGCUCAUCGAGCAUCCUAGCAUGUCCGUCUAUGUCUCCUCGUCCAACCUGGAGGAGAGUACAGCCAACAUGGCCGACAGUGUGAGCAGGAUGUCUGAAUCCACCCCAGCCCCUGUUCCCACUCGGUUGGUGCGAGGAUCAGCAUGUCAGGUGGUUCCUCUUGCCAAAGUGACUCAGGCGAGCCGUGUUCAGAGGGCCAAGGCCCGCACCGAGCGUCGUCACCUGGGCCGCGGUCGCAUGCAGCGCCAAAACCGCGUCCGCCAGCAGAUCCCACGCCACAUGGCUCACACACGCAACUCUGUCCUGCACCAACCGUGCCAGCGCAACUUCUGCCACUGAUCCACCAGGAUCCUGGCAUCACCAUCAUCAUCAUCACGUUCACCAACCUCCAUCAUCCCACAUCACCUACCGUACCAUGUCUUCAGCAUCCUCCACCAAAGCCCUCUUUUAACGUUAUUCCAGUCACGAACAGGAAUGCUUAAAAUCCAUCCAUUGUAGACGAGCCACUUGUUUUUCCAAUUAGCAUUCGAUUCACAUGGCUCUGUUUUAAAUAGUCGCAGCCUUUGCUCAUGUCUCCAAGAUGCCAUUUACAAUCAGCAACCUCACACGCAGACGGAAGUGGGAACGGCUAAUAUCAAAAACUAGCAAAGAUUCAAAACAAGAAAAGUAGCAGCACAGACACAGAACACCGAUGUGGAAGAAACCAAACAAGGGUCUGACGCUAACAUCUCAUCCUUUAUUUGCUUUCAUUUGUGUUGGAAAAGUCCAGUUUUCUCCAUUCUUAUUGUCUUUUGUGAUUUCUAUUGGGGGGACGAAAAUACCGUAGAGGCUAAAAUGUGUUCCAAAACUAUAACAUCGCGUCAGACAGCACAGCGUUUCUGAUACGGAGAAAGGGGCUUUAACAACACAUAGAAUGGCAAAGUAGGUCAAUGAAGGUGGAAGUGAGGAUAAAACAGAGUAAAGACUGCUGGAUGUUGAUGGAGAAUUGAAGAGGAUGUAAAUUAGUACGUAUCGUAGCCCACAGCAUUACCAAAGCACCUUAAAGGGAAAAUCCAAACUACUAUGGAUUGAGAAUUUUUUGGAUUUGAGUUGAUUUUUUUUUUCUUAAGUAAAUCAUGGGUUGGGUUUUCCCUUAAAAUGAUUUGGUGCUUUUUGGUCUUUGGUGCCUCCUCAAACAUUUUGGGCCAAUUUAAGGUAAAGAAACAGAAGGCACUGUGACAUGUUCAUGCUAACAAUGCAUGUAAUGUUGAAUAUUGGGUGCUGAGUUAGCAACUACAGCUUAAGAUAUAUUUAUUUUUAAUGGAUCGUUAUAAAAUCUCACCCGGUUUCAGGCAUUUUGUCCAUUUAUUUGCAUACUUACUGGUCACGUAUUGAUAAUAAACCUUAAAUGGAUGUCCAGCCUAGAAAGAGGAGUGUAAACCCGCAUGACCAGCACUUAUCAGAGCCAGUGUGAGGUUACUGUGGGUUACAGGGUGUGGUAGAUUAUAGAAGGUGUAGAAUAAGGUGAAAGGAAUUGCAUUGCAUCGCCACCUAUAAUGGUAAAUGGUCUGCACUUAUACAGCGCUUUUUUAACCUUAGCAGCUUUCCACUGUUUCGCAUUCACCCAUUCACACACAUUCACACACCAAUGGCUGCAGAGCUGCCAUGCAGGGUGCUAGCUUUGGGGUUCAGUGUCUUGCCCAUGGACACUUCGGCAUGUGGAGACAUGUGGGCUGGGAAACAAACCAUCAACCCUACGAUUAAUGGACAACCCGCUCUACCAUCUGAGCCACAGCCAGCCGGUGACAUGGUGAUACGGAACAAAUAAAAUGAUAAACUCAAAUCUGGCGUCACGAAGGGGAUGCGAAUGAGCUCCAGACUCAGAUUUUAACCACACUGAUUUGAGAAAACAAUCAACUGUUGCAAGCCUGUUACACCUCUAGGUGGCGAAGCAGUCCCCUUUAAGACACGGUAUAGAAAGCGACUCUUUAUUGUGUUUUGCUGCAUUAGGUUUAGAUCAUGAUCUUUUUAUGAUUCACUUUUGAAGUGAAUGUGCCUCAGACCCUUGAUCUUCCUCUCCAUCCAUCCUCUCAGUGUCAGUCCUGCAACUCAAACCCAAACCCAACGCUUAGCUAAAAGAAAAUCACUGUGAUCAUAUUUGUAGACACCAAACAUAUUACACCAUGACAUGAGACUGAAUUAUUCAUUUUACUCUCAGAAAUCCGUCCCAGUGAGCAAAGAGUGACCAAUGAUGAACGUUACUAAGGCCAUCUAGCAUGACUAAAUGGGAUACUUCGCGUUUGCUCACAUAUAGUUGAUUAGGCAAGACAUGUUUGCUCUCUAAUGUAGAUAACAGAAGAGGGCAGAUAGCACUUUCCUCCGAAGGUGUUCAGCUGCGAUGUGGUGGCUUCACGUAUCUAGGACGAAGCACGUGCUAGCCUUCACCCUCUCUGGCUAGCUAGGGGGCAGGAAUAGGCAAAAUGGCCAAAUUGGAAGAAAUGAGGUUUAAAUAAAAACAAUAUAGCCACCACAUUUCCACCGCAAGUCUGAUACCCAGCGAUUCCAGUUAUCCAAGAUGGCCGCCCCAUAACAUCACAGUUUAGAGCUACGUUACAGUGGAUAUAUGAUAUAGAUCUUCAUUACUUAUUACUACUUACAUUAAAAGCAAAUGUCUGACACUAUUGAUUUUUUUUUUGCAUGCUAUUCCUUUAAUUUAAUCCAUUAAGAGUGUGAUUGGUCUACUCAUAUAUGUGUAAACACUCAUGUGUGUUCACUUACAGAAUCCAUCCUUCUCCAUCAUUCAGUGUUACUUUCCUCCAUGGAAAUCCUCUGUGUCAUGCUCUGGCUUAUAUGCGUAUCAUCGAUGCUGAUUAGAUUCACUAUGGUGCUGAACAUGUUUGACUGUUUGUAAAAGUCAACUUGGAUGUAUGUUUGCACUCUCUUACAGUUUAUUUUUGAGGUUUUUAGCUGUGUGCGAUUUUAUUUGUUUUAUUUCAAGCAUCAGUCCGAAUGAGAGGGUGAUGUUGAUGUGCAUGAGUUGGGAAAACAAACUAUUUUAAAUUAUUCACAUUCACAUAUGAUAUGUACAUAUAAUGCACAGCUCUUUACAGUACAGUGUUUGUGUGUUUUAGCUGAAUGAUGGCACCGUUUAUUGAAAGCAUCUUUACAAAGCUAAGUUGAAUACAUAGAAUUGAAUCUACCCCUCCUCGUCCUACUCCCCCCCACCCCCAACCCCACCCCUGACAAAGGUGUUUUUUGGUGAUCAUCAUUUUUGGGAAAUAAGGGUAAGCCUAAAAAUCUUCUGAAUCAUUUACUAUGUUAUACCGGCAUGUAAUGGGCUAUUUCUUCAUAACCUUGACUGCUGAGAUCAUCAGCGUGAUGUAACACAAAGAAAAUCUCUUAACAAAAAUGAAUAUAUUCAAAUAUUCUUUCCCUUAUAUUUUAUUUUUCUUUCUUUCCAAAUGGAUUGUAUGCAUUGCUUUUAUUAUGGAUGGAUGAAUGUCAGAGGUGGAUCUUUUAGGAUAUCUCAUCAAACUAGUGCACUUCCUGCCCAGAUAGCAAACUGAUGCUGGGUCAAUGUUGUUUGCCACUCUUGGCUCAGAGUUGUUGUGUCUAUUGGGCCAAUGUUGGGCCGCCAAGUUUGACAGAAUUUCGGGUAACUUUAAAUCCAUUUUGCCAAUGUUAGGCCAAUGUCGGCCAUUUUAUUGGCCCAAUGUUGGAUGGCAGGGUUGACAGACUUUCACCCACCUUUAACUCGACUUUGCUAAAGUUGAGCAAAUGUCAGCCAUUCCACUGGGUCAGCACUUGGAGCAAACAUUGGCCUAACAUAAUUUUCUCCAUUGGACCAACGCUGGGCCACCAGGGCCAACUUUUAGCCACCUUUAAAUCCACCUAGCCAGGGUUAGGGUUAGGGCAACAUUAGGGCAAUACUAGACCAGUGUUAUGAAAAUUUCGCCUUUGCCAACAUUUAGAUCAACAGUGUAGGGAGGCUCAACAUAACCACCUCAAAAUAGACAUUGGGUAAACAUCAGUUUGCUACCUGGGUGUGUUACCUUGAGUCAAUGUGGUGCUUCUCGCCUACUGUGUCAGCCCAUACAGAGGUGAUACUACAUCAUACACAGCAAUUAAACCUUAUGGGAGGUAACAGCUCACUCACCCUCUAUAAACAUCCAUCACUGUUUAUUUUGCUUUAUAUUUUGUUUUGACACUCCACCACAUUCUCUCUCUCUUUCCUGUUGUCUCUCAUUAUUGUAAUUUCUUUUUCUUCUGUGUGUGUGUGUGUGUGUGUGUGUGUGUGUGUGUGUAUGACUAAUGAAAUGUGUAUGGCUAUAGGGAGCAGUGUGUUACACCUCAGGGCAGCUUGGGGUUUAUUUGACUGUGUGGUGUGAUGUGAGAACCUAGACAAAUGGGGAAAAAAAAAACUACAAAACAAACAAACUGAUUAAUGAACUAAAAAUAUAUAGAUAGAUAGAUAUAUAAAUGUGCUUGUAUUUUUCCUUAUGAUUAGAUGCAAAUGUUGUUUAAUUCACUGUUCAUGUUCAUGAUUUAUUAUAUUGUGGAAAAAUUAAGGGGGUGGACCAUCAAACAGCAAGACUGCACUCUUCUGUUUGGUUCUUGCGCCCUGAAACUAUGGCAGCUUUUUCAAAUGUAGGGGUUUACCUUCACGGGGGGUAUCCUCCACGAAAUGUACACCCCCUUUAAAAAAAAAAAAGUACAAAUAGAAUAUAUUAAAAGGAAUAAUGUAUCUGAUAUCUAUGGUGAUCGUGCCUUUCACUAUUCUGCAUGUUUCUUUUUUUUUCUUUUUUUUCUUUUUUUUUUCGUGAUUAGCUGACUUUUCUAUCCUGUUUGUGUGGGCACUGGUCCGUACGCAGUAGUAGAGACCUAUGCAAAAUACAAGGAUGGGGUUCCAGCAUCCAUUCAGAAAUACAGGUACUGGAAAAAAAUUACAAAAUAAAAAAACUCUCAGGAUGAAA